AUGAGGGUGAACUUGGCUCGUCACAGUCGGUGGCUCUUCGUUUAUCGACCGACUUCUGCGCCUGUCUGUCUUCCCUGUGUGAACCAGGUCCGACGAAGACUGAUCACGCGACCCGUGGUGCAGAGGCCUUUUGCGAGAACAUUUCUAAAUGCACUGUUCCCGAAGCCCCCGCGAGAAAUCCGACAACCCGAGUAUGAGCCAGGAUGGAUGCAGAUCAUGGUUUGGAGAAGUCGGAUGCUUGACAAUCUGCGACCGCCGCCGAGGAAAGAAUUGAUCGACUCGCUGCGGAAGCUUAUGCAAUCGAAACUGAAGAGGAGGGUACCGCUGAAUAGCACGCAGGCGUUGCAAUGCCACAGAUUGCUUGAAUAUCUUACGGCUGGUGGAGGGGAUGACCAGUCCUCCAAGGCGAUGUCUUGGGCUGAUUUGUCCAUGAUACGACAAGUUCUUCUCGAUGUUGAACCGCAAGAAAGAGGCGAAAGUUAUUUGAAGUUAGCAAAGUCAUUGUACGCAGUCUGGUCUUCGGGGAAUUACACCGGAGAAGCUCAGACUGUGCAGCUGCAAUGGAGCUAUCUCAUCCAGAUGCUAUGCCAGUACGGUGGCUCGGAAGAAGCACUGCUAAUGUUGAAAUCAAAGUGGGCGGAUUCUUCGUACAGUGCCUACUUGGUCAAGGAAGAUCGACUGCUGGUAUCGGUCGCCUGUGGACUUGCGAGAGAGGGCAAAGAAGCGCAGCUUGUCGAGCUGGUUAAUUACGCCAUGGUACACGGUGUCCCAUACGAUGCUACCAUUCAAGCGGCGAUGAUUCGAUAUUUUGCCCACAACGACAAGGUCACCGAGACUCAGCAUUGGUUCAACCAGCCAACUAAUGAGAAGUACUCUCAGCCCCAGGUAUAUCGAGACAUAGCAUCACUUGCGAGAAGAAACAACCUCCGGGACUGGGCGGUGCCUCUCAUCCUCGAACUAGGGCAAUCACAACCGACGCGAAACCAUUGGGACGUUAUACUGCAGUCCAUCUUACUGCUUGGGAAGGGCUUGGCGGAAGUAGAAGCCAUGAUGGGACACAUGGUCGAUCACAACGGGGUGCUUCCCCCCACGAUCAGUACCAUCAAUGGCCUUCUAACAGUUGCGGUUGAGACUAAGGAUCCGGAAUUGGGCGAGGGCAUCCUUGCGCUUUGUGCCGAGAGGGGCCUUGUGCCGAAUGGAGAGACAUAUCUUCAACUGUUCCGCCUGCGGCUAGAAACUGCGGACCUCAAGGGCGCACAACGUGCUUUUGAACAAGUCAAACAUUUCGAACCGUGGAACAACGAAAACCACGGGACAACGGAUCUCUUCGAUUGUUUUCGUCAAUGCUCAAAUAGCUAUUUGACCCUGCUAUCACAGCAAGUGCCUCCAGAUUUCGAGACUAUUCUUGCGCUUCUAGACGCUCUCGAGGAGGAGCAGAUGCUACUAGGCCCGGAAACUGUAGCAGCUCUUUGUGUCAAAUUUCUCGAGAAUGAACAGCACUUUGAUGUGAUUGAUUUGCUGUCUCUCCAUUCUUUCCACUACAGCGAGAAGCAACGAGAGGUCGUGCAACACGCGUUUGUGGAAUUUUGUCUCGACAAGGAGACUAGUACAUCUCGAGCAUGGGGCGCAUACCAACUUCUCCGACAGUUCUUUCAGGACACCAGCUACGAGCUCAGGAUGAAAUUGAUAUCAUCGUUUUUCGAUCGCAAACGCCCAGAUAUGGCCUCUCAUCUGAUUCGACACAUGCGCCAACACCGAAACAAGGCUUACCACCCUACUAUGGAUACCUAUAUCCUCUAUCUGGAGGGAGUCGCGGAGCAUCCCGAUCCCGAGGGAUUAGUUAACAUACACAACAUGCUCAAGAUGGACACUUCUAUCCAACCAAACACCAAGCUAUACACCGGACUGAUGCUGGCUUACGCGGCUUGCGGCAAGCCAACAACAUCGCUGGACUUUUGGAAUGAGAUUACCCAGUCUCGUGAGGGCCCGUCGUAUGCAAGUUUACAGGCAGUGUUUUGGGCAUUGGAGAAGAAACCUGGUGGAGACAAGCAGGCUCGUGAAAUUUGGGAGAGAAUCGAGCGGAUGGAUCUGGAAGUCCCGCCGGCCGUGUACAAUUCAUACGUGGGGGCCGUGGCUGGAAGUGGCAACGAGAAGGAAGUGCGAGGGCUAAUUCUGAAUAUGGCAUCCUACGUCGGAUCGGAGCCGGAUUCGAUGACGCUAGCCAUUGCGCACAACGCGCUGCCCGGACAGGAACUACAGGAAAACUACCGCGACUGGGCAAAGAAAAAGUACCGGGCCACGUGGGCAGAGCUUGACAAAGCCGGCAGACGGCUUAACGAGUUUGGCCUCUGUCAAAUCAAAAUUAAGCGUAUCAUGAAGACAUGA